GUUCAUAUCCAUCAGACAUUUGUCUAUGCUCUAGGGAGGAGACGUUUAUAACAAUACAUUGUGGACAAUUUGGAUUAAACAAAAUAACGAUAGGAUUUCAUUGACAAUAGGCGAAUCGCCAUUGAGAACUAGGAUGAAAAUCCCAUUGACAGGGGAUGAUAAAGCGAAUGAUAUGACAACCAAGAGAGCAAUUUAAUGUCCAUGCGCCUCAGAAUCAUUUCCAAUAAGGCAGGCGGAUGACAUCUUAUUACUUGAACAAAUUCAAUUGCAUCUAGAAUGAUGAAUUCCACGAGAUAUACGCCGUGUUGGAAUUCCACAAGUCAGAUUGAUGCCAGAACAAACAUUGACUCCUAUGAAGUGCCUAGUCAUUCGAUCGAAGAGACAAUAAUUGUCAGUAUUUUAUUGGGCUGCAUUAUUAUUUUAACAAUAGUUGGAAACACAACAGUACUACUUGCAGUGUAUUUAGAUCGUCGUUUAAGGCAUACAACGAAUUAUUUUAUUGUAAAUUUAGCUGCAGCUGAUCUUCUUCUUGGUGUGACCGUGUUGCCGCUUUCAGCAACAUUGGAAGUUUUGAAAUAUUGGCCUUUCGGUGAGAUAUUAUGUGAGUUAUGGGCCUCCGCCGAUGUUUUGUGGUGUACCGCUUCAAUAUUAACCCUUUGUGUGAUAAGUAUUGACAGAUAUAUUGGAGUAACACGCCCUUUACAACAUUCCAGUAUAAUUACCAAUCGUAGAGCUGCUUUGAUAAUAGCAUUUGUGUGGGUUCUGUCGGGAGUUAUUUCUGUUGGCCCACUUAUUGGAUGGAGAGAAAGUAGUGGCAAUCAAACAAAUGAGUGCACUGUCACUAAACAAAUUGGAUAUGUGAUAUUUUCUGUGUCAGGGUCCUUUUACAUACCAUCACUCAUAAUUUUCGUCGUAUAUAUCAAAAUAUAUCGUGAAGCAAGCAGACAUACUAAGUUUUUGAAUAGUGGUUCAAAGACGAUAAAGAAUGGGGAAGACAAUGGAAUUAUACUUCGUAUACAUACUGCCAGAUUCAGUCAUGCAGGCAUGCCAACUUUUCACGGAAGCAGUUCAAGUGAUAAUUCAGAAGGAUCCCUUCGAAAACUAAGCUCAAGAAUUACACCAGCUGGAAAACUGGCAAAAUUUAAAAGGGAGAAAAAAGCCGCCAAGACCCUUGGUAUUGUAGUAGGAGUAUUUAUUUGCUGCUGGUUUCCAUUCUUUUUCUGCCUACCUCUAGAUGUACUCUGUGAUUCCUGUCAUGUACCAAACAAAUUGUUCACUGUCAUUUUCUGGUUGGGAUAUUGUAAUUCACUCAUGAACCCGAUUAUCUACGCAAGCUCAAGUCGAGAGUUCAAAAGAGCGUUUUUAAAAGUUCUACGUUGCUAUUGGAUACGACGUUGUAAUAACUUAAACGAUAACUAUAGCCAUCGUGAUUACCGGACACGAAAACUUUCUUGCUAUGUAAGCAAGGAAUAUGGAUCAGACAGUGCUACAGUGCACGUGCGAAAAAAGCACUCGUGCAACUCAUCAUCUAGGCCGGCCUCGCCAGUGAAAUCGUUAAUCGUUUUUCCAGAUAUGAGAAAGCUUUCCUCGCCAUCAGCAAAUCUUGAUCAUUUAUCAAAGAAAUCAUCCUUUAGUGAUCUACAGGACGACGACUAUAACAUCAUACAUUUACAAGAUUUGGAUUGUGUGCCUAGAAAAUACUCAGCUAUUGUUUAGUGGAAGCAACACUUAGAAUUAAGGACUAUGUUGAGAUGUUUACGAAAUUUACAAAGAAGGAAACACGCACAGCUUGCAUUUAAAAUAUUUGCAUUUGUAAUAAGGUCAGUAUUCAAAACCGUCUCUGUAUGAAGACCCUUUGAAAGCAUAGAGUGCAACUAAGCAAAAUAAUAGCAGACUCGGUUUGACUGAGAUUUUAAAGUUGUUGUUUACUAA